AUGUCGGCAGAGAACGCGAGAGUGUCUUCUGAGAACACUCAGAUGGAGUUCAUGGAAUUGAUGACUAGUGCUAGGACUCCUCCAAGUGUUUCUUCCGUUGUCAUUCCUGCGCAAGAGUGGAGCUUGGAGAGUUUUCUCCAACAUCGCCCAGCAAGAUUCACCGGAAAGUGCAACGCUGAUGAAGCUGAUCACUGGUUUGGGGACAUGGAGAGGAUAUUCGAAGCCAAGGGAUGUCCUGAUGAGAAGAAGUUGGCCUAUACUCAGUAUCUGCUUACCGGGGAAGCUGGCCAUUGGUGGAACAGCAUGAAGAUGAUUCUUGAAAGGAGUGAGACUCCUAUUACUUGGGAAUUGUUUAAGACAAAAUUUUACACUGAGUACUUCCCGGACAGUGUGAGAUUUGCAAAGGAAAUGGAAUUCUUAGAGCUGGUGCAAGGCAGCAGAUCAGUGUCAGAGUAUGCAAAUCGCUUCAAGCAUUUGCUUCGUUUCAACACCAUGGCAGUAGAUGAAGAGUGGCAGUGCAGAAAGUUCGAGAAUGGCUUGAGGAAUGAUAUCAAGUUGCUGGUAAAGGGAUUGCGUAUCAGAGAGUUCCCUACUUUGGUGGAAAUGUCCCGUGAUCUGGAGAAGACAAAAAGGGAAGCUGAGGGACAGCAGAGUCAGCCUGCUAGGAAUGGGGGACUAUCUGGGUCUCGUGGUGGACUAAGCAUUAAGAAGACGCCUUACGCUAGACCAUCCUUCUCUUCUGGGUCUAAGGGUACAUCCUAUCAACCAACGGUGCAGUCAGGACCAGCUGGGCCAUCCGGCACUGUUAGAUGUUAUACCUGUGGUGGACCUCAUUACCGGAACAACUGCCUUAAGGGAAAUAACACAAGGAAGUGUUUUAAGUGCGGGAAAGAGGGGCACUUUGCUGCGGAAUGUAUUUCUAUAGUAGAAUCAGGAUCUCAAGCAUAG